AUGGCAGCGACAGAGCCGCAGCUGGUGUGGCCGCUGCCCCACGUGGUGAGGGGUCUCGGCAUCCUGGGGCUGUGGGUUCCGCCCCCGGGCCGCAGAUGGCGCCACCUGCUGCUGCUCGCCUUCGUCAUGGUCUCACACGUCUGCCUUCUGCUCACCGUCAACGCCAGCAUCAUCAUGGACACGCCGACCGACCUUCCACGACUAUCAUUCAUUGCCUACAACUGCUUGACUUACAUAGGUCUAGCUUCAAAGAUGUUCUCGUUUUCCCUGGACGGACAGCGCCUGACGGAGCUGCUGCGACUGCUGGCAGCGUCUCGUCAACGAUUCCCGGACGCAGAAGGCCGCAGAGCUCGCCACCACGUCACAGCUACGAGGCUGCAUCGAUUUCUGCAGGUGACUUACCGGAUGAACUCGGCCUACUGGAGCGUGGCCCCCAUCAUCAGGAUCGUGGCGGCUGGCAGCGCGUCCCGCGCCAGCAGGGACCUGGUGAUCCCCCUGUGGCUGCCGCUCGACACCCGGGCCUCGCCGGCCUACGAGACGUUGUACUGCCUGCAGCUGGCCUUCGGCUGGACCGUCUCCGAGACCACGGUGCUGGUGGACGGCUCCCUCAUAGCGCUCAUACUGCAGGUGGCCGCGGAGCUCGCCGUCCUCAACGACAGGCUCGCCGCCACCGCAGCGGACGUUGGACAGGAUGUGCCGGGGGCCACUCGUGUCCAGGUUUCGCCGGCGUCCCCAUCGUCUUUGGUGGUUCGAGAACGGUUUGGGUCCUCAAUCACCACCAUGUCUCGAAGUAGAUAUACACCUGACGAAAUGUAUCAACAAUUGGUCGACAAUAUAAAACACCAUCAAAUAAUUAUCAGGUAA